AUGGCGGAGAUCAGCGACCUGGACCGGCAGAUCGAGCAGCUACGGCGCUGCGAGCUCAUCAAGGAGAGUGAAGUCAAAGCCCUGUGCGCUAAAGCCAGAGAGAUCUUGGUGGAGGAGAGCAACGUGCAGAGGGUGGACUCUCCAGUCACAGUAUGUGGUGACAUCCAUGGACAAUUCUAUGACCUCAAGGAGCUGUUCAGAGUGGGUGGCGAUGUCCCUGAGACUAACUACCUCUUCAUGGGGGACUUUGUGGAUCGUGGUUUCUACAGCGUCGAAACGUUUCUCCUGCUGCUGGCACUUAAGGUUCGCUAUCCUGACCGCAUCACCCUGAUCCGGGGCAACCAUGAGAGCCGUCAGAUUACCCAGGUCUAUGGCUUCUAUGACGAGUGUCUGCGCAAGUAUGGCUCGGUGACCGUGUGGCGCUACUGCACUGAGAUCUUUGACUACCUCAGCCUGUCGGCCAUCAUCGAUGGCAAGAUCUUCUGUGUGCACGGGGGGCUCUCCCCCUCCAUCCAGACGCUGGACCAGAUCCGGACAAUUGACCGAAAGCAAGAGGUGCCCCACGACGGGCCCAUGUGUGACCUGCUCUGGUCCGACCCUGAAGACACCACAGGCUGGGGCGUGAGCCCCCGAGGGGCUGGCUACCUGUUUGGCAGUGACGUGGUGGCCCAGUUCAACGCAGCCAACGACAUUGACAUGAUCUGCCGUGCCCACCAACUGGUGAUGGAAGGUUACAAGUGGCACUUCAACGAGACUGUACUCACUGUGUGGUCAGCACCCAACUACUGCUACCGCUGUGGGAAUGUGGCAGCCAUCUUGGAGCUGGACGAGCAUCUCCAGAAAGAUUUCAUCAUCUUCGAGGCUGCUCCCCAAGAGACACGGGGCAUCCCCUCCAAAAAGCCCGUGGCCGACUACUUCCUGUGA